AUGGCGGGGGGGCGUCGGGGUCUCGUGGCUCCACAGAACACGUUCCUGGAGAACAUCGUCCGCAGGUCCAACGAUACGAACUUCGUGCUGGGAAACGCUCAGAUCGUCAACUGGCCGAUCGUCUACAGCAACGACGGCUUCUGCAAACUGUCGGGUUACCACCGAGCAGAGGUCAUGCAGAAGAGCAGCACCUGCAGCUUCAUGUAUGGAGAGCUGACGGACAAAGACAUGAGUGAGAAAGUCCGUUUGACCUUUGAGAACUAUGAGAUGAACUCUUUUGAGAUUCUGAUGUACAAGAAGAACCGGAUGCCCGUAUGGUUUUUUGUGAAGAUUGCUCCAAUCAGGAACGAGCAGGACAAAGUCGUCCUGUUCCUCUGCACCUUCAGUGACAUCACCGCCUUCAAGCAACCAAUCGAGGAUGACUCCUCAAAAGGUUGGGGAAAGUUCGCCCGUCUGACUCGAGCGUUGACCAGCAGUCGAGGAGUUCUCCAGCAGCUCGCCCCGGCCGUGCAGAAAGGAGAGAACGUCCACAAGCACUCCCGGCUGGCCGAGGUUCUGCAGCUGGGGUCGGACAUCUUGCCUCAGUACAAACAGGAAACGCCGAAGACGCCGCCACAUAUCAUCCUUCACUACUGCCUCUUCAAGACCACGUGGGACUGGGUCAUCCUCAUCCUCACCUUCUACACGGCCAUCAUGGUGCCCUACAACGUCUCCUUCAAGACCAAGCAGAACAACGUGACCUGGCUGGUGGUGGACAGCAUCGUGGACGUCAUCUUCCUGGUGGACAUCGUCCUCAACUUCCACACCACCUUCGUCGGCCCGGCCGGAGAAGUCAUCUCCGACCCCAAGCUGAUCCGCAUGAACUACGUCAAAACCUGGUUCGUCAUCGACCUGCUGUCCUGUUUGCCUUAUGACGUCAUCAACGCCUUCGAGAACGUGGACGAGGGAAUCAGCAGUCUCUUCAGCUCGCUCAAGGUCGUCCGGCUGCUGCGGUUGGGUCGGGUCGCCAGGAAGCUGGACCACUACAUCGAGUACGGCGCCGCUGUUCUGGUUCUGCUGGUGUGCGUGUUCGGCCUGGCGUCCCAUUGGCUGGCCUGUAUCUGGUUCAGCAUCGGAGACUACGAGGUCAUCGACGAGGACGCCAACACGGUGAGGACGGACAGCUGGCUGUACCUGCUGGGAGAGACGGUCGGGAAGCCCUACAGGUUCAACGCCUCGGGCUCGGGCCGCUGGGAGGGCGGGCCCAGCAAGGACUCGGUCUACAUCACCUCGCUGUACUUCACCAUGACCAGCCUGACCAGCAUCGGCUUCGGAAACAUCGCGCCCAACACGGACGGAGAGAAGAUCUUCGCCGUGGCCAUGAUGAUGAUCGGAUCGCUGCUCUACGCCACCAUCUUCGGUAACGUCACCACCAUCUUCCAGCAGAUGUACGCCAACACAAACCGCUACCACGAGAUGCUCAACAGCGUGAGAGACUUCCUCAAACUCUACCAAGUCCCCACGGGUCUGAGCGAGCGGGUGAUGGACUACAUCGUGUCCACCUGGUCCAUGUCCCGAGGCAUCGACACCGAUAAGGUCCUGCAGAUCUGUCCCAAGGACAUGCGAGCGGACAUCUGCGUCCACCUCAACAGGAAGGUGUUCAAGGAACACCCGGGGUUCCGGCUGGCGAGCGACGGCUGCCUGCGAGCCCUCGCCAUGGAGUUCCAGACCGUCCACAGCGCGCCUGGCGACCUCAUCUUCCACGCCGGAGAGAGCGUGGACAGCCUCUGUUUCGUGGUGUCGGGGUCACUGGAGGUCAUCCAGGACGACGAGGUGGUGGCCAUUUUGGGUAAAGGGGACGUGUUCGGGGACGUCUUCUGGAAGGAGAUGACGUUGGCUCAGUCCUGUGCCAACGUGCGGGCGUUGACCUACUGCGACCUUCACAUCAUCAAACGAGACGCGCUGCAGAAAGUCCUGGAGUUUUACGCUAACUUCGCAAACCACUUCGCCCGGAACCUGGUUCUCACGUACAACCUGAGGAAGAGGAUUGUCUUCCGCAAGAUAAGUGAUGUGAAACGUGAAGAGGAGGAGAUGCUGAGGAGGAAGAACGAGGCUCCUCUGAACCUCCCUGCGGACCAUCCUGUCCGCCGGCUCUUCCAGCGUUUCCGGCAGCAGAGGGAGGCGCGGCUUGCAGUCGAGCGAGGCAGCCAGGCGGCCAGCGAUGUGGAGAAAGGUGUCAAUCAGCUCGAUCAGCCCAGAGGUCCGGAGGUCUUGGCCUCCACCAGCAUUGUCAUGGUGACAGAGAGCCCUGCCACGCCCACCUCCUCCUCCACAUCCACCACACCCGCCUCCUCCAGGACCUCCAGCCGGGUCAUGCUCCAUUCUCCUGCCACGCAAAGUGGAAACCUGAGCGAGCCGCCCAAAGCUAAAGGUUGGGGACGAUUCAAGGAGUCAGUCGUGAAGGCGGAGUCGUGGAGCAGCGUCGCCAAGGCCGAGUCCCUGGAGACUCUGCCCGAUAGAACUAAGUCUCACGACGAAGGGUCCCUCAAGAAAACGGACUCUUGUGACAGCGGCAUCACAAAGAGCGACCUCCGUUUGGACAAUGUCGGAGACGCCAGAACGCCACAGGAUCGGAGUCCGGUCCAGUCUGAGGAGAAGAACGUUUUCUGUGCGAUCCCAGAGCAGAGCGUGCAAGCCUCCUUCCUGGAGCUGAAACAGGAACUAAGAGGAGACAUGAGAUCUCUGAACAGUCGCAUGGCGGCGCUGGAGGCUCAGUUAGCUGAGAUGCUUCGUCUCCUCAAAUCCAGGAAGUCGUCGGGCUCUUUCUUCGAGAUCUCGCGGCCGCCCUCCCCCGACUCGUAUAAGGACAGUUUCUCUUAA